AUGGCUUCUACAGAGGCCUCAUCUUUGGCUUCUACCCCCGUCGUUGGCAACGGCAUUGCCAAACACUACAACAAUGAGACAUUUGAUCUUGGGCCCAUGGAAAACCGCCAUGUAACAAUCCUAUACAUGACUCAAUCCGGCACAUCUGCCGACCUAGCACUCCGCAUUGCACGACAAGCCCAACGAAAGCGAUUCAACGUCACUGUUUGCGAUGUUGCUUCUUACGAUGUUACCGAUCUUAUCUCCGAGUCUCUGGUCUUGUUCCUGGUAUCGACUACGGGUCAAGGCGAAUUCCCAAGGAGCGCUAAAAGGUUUUGGAACUUUCUCUUGCGCAAAGACGUUCCAGAAGACAUUCUAUCCGAUCUCCACUUUGCAGCGUUUGGUCUAGGAGACACGACCUACCCUCGAUUCUGUUGGCCGGUAAGGUUAUUGAGUAGGAGAUUGAAGGGCUUGGGUGCAAAGGAGGUUGUCGAGCACGGGGAGGGAGAUGAGAUGCACUAUUUGGGACUGGAGGGUGAGCUGUUACCUUGGUUGGACAAGGUUUGGGGCUGGAUGGAUGAAGUUUUGCCGUUAGAGGUGGGGGUGAGGGAAGUGGGAAGAGAUGAGAGGUUGCCGCCUAGUACAAAGAUCAGAGAGGUGGACGGCGAGGCAAGAGGUGGAGGGGUGCAAGGCUUCGUCAAGCAUCUGCAGAGCGAGGGUUGGUCGAUAUCCAAGCUGGCCAAGAACGAAAGGAUGUCGGCUGCAGAUCACUUUCAGGAUGUAAGACUGCUGGAAUUUAUUCCUUGCUCAACAACAUCAUCCGACGGUGCGGAAGCAAGCAGGAAUGGAGACCACGCCACCAGCGUGAGACGGAACAAGUAUCGACCGGGCGAUCUCCUCUGCUUACACCCCAUCAACGACUCUAGCUCUGUCACUGAGCUUCUCACUCGCCUCUCACUGGAUGCAGAUGUCGAGAUUACACUCUCAGGUCCCACCGUGCCUACUACGGUUCCGCAAACCCCCUCGAUUCUCACCAUUGGUGACCUUUUCACCCACCACCUAGACUUCACCUCGGUCCCAAGCCGAUCAUUCUUCGAGCAAAUCCGACUCUUCUCCCCCGAAGGCUCACUGGAGCGCGAAAAGCUAGACGAAUACUGCGGCAUCUACCCAGCGGAAGCUAUCGCAAAGGGAGAGGCAAAGCGACAAGAGGGAAUUGAUGAAAUGUUUGAAUAUGCUCAACGACCACGGAGAAGCAUCAAGGAGGUUUUGGAGGAGUUCAAGUCUGUCAGCAUUCCGCUGGAGUAUGUCGCGGAUGUAUUGCCGUGGAUUAAGCCGAGAGAAUUUAGUAUUGCUAGUCCUCCAGGCACUUGCGAGGAGGAGGAGAAGGGGGCUGGGAAGGAAGCAAAGGCGAUACAAGUAAGCGUUGCGAUUGUCAAGUACAAGACGAGAUUGCGGAAAGCGCGUACGGGACUCUGUACUCGCUGGCUAAGUGGAUUACCGGUGGGAAGUGAGGUGCCGAUACUCGUGAAAGAGGGAUCCCUGACAUUACCGCCCAAAGAAGCACCAUUGAUACUGAUUGGUCCGGGAACAGGAUGUGCUCCAUUACGCUCGCUUGUGAUGGAGCGUCUCUCGCCAACCUCUCGGCCGGAGAUUCACCUCUUGCUCGGCUUCCGAUACAAAGCAAAAGACUAUCUAUUCGAGAAAGACUGGAAGCAACUCGACAAGCAACACCCGGAGCUCGACGUGUCGACAGCAUUCAGCAGAGACGGCGAGGAGAAGACUUAUGUACAAGAUCUAAUCAGCAGUGAUGAAGAGCGAGGUCAAGUGUUGUGGAAUGCGAUAGUCCAGAGGAAUGCCUGGAUCGUGGUGGCUGGAGCGUCAGGUAAGAUGCCUGAACAGGUGAGAGGCGCCUUUGAAGGAUUAGCGGAGAAAUGGGGUGCGAUGGAUGGCGACCAGGCGAAACGAUUCAUGGAUUCAUUGGAGAGACAGAGGAGGUGGCAGCAAGAGUGCUGGUCAUAG